CGUCUCCUUAUAUUCCCCCGAACCCAUCAAAUUAAUUCAUCAAAACAAAAGAAUAUUUGAAGAGAGUUGAAGGAAGAAACAUGGUCUUCCAUAAGCUUCUCCUGAGAGUUGUGGUGAUUGGGGCUUUUCUGGGUCCAUACCACAAUCACAUGACAGAAGCUGUUGAUUCAAUGACGAAGCCUGAAUGUCGAAGUACUUGCGGAAACCUCUCUAUUCCAUACCCCUUCGGAUCAAGCGACAAUUGCCGCAUCGAUCCUCCCUCAUUUAGAGUCGUUUGUGAUGACUCUACCGAUCCUCCCAUACCUUACAUGAAUAGAAGAGACGGUGACUUGCAAAUACUUGACGUUUCUCUUGAGGACCACGAGAUACGAGUAAAUGUUUCAACCAGUCAAGUCUGCUAUGACUCUUCCGGGAAUAGGAAGUCAAUCAGUUAUGCGGACCUAUUCCUAGCUAUCUUCCCCAUAUCCAGCGCUAAGAACAAAUUCACCGCCGUCGGUUGCGACACGUCGGCAUUUGCCCAAAACCGCAGUGGGAAGAUCUCUUUCGGGUGUACGUCUUCGUGCGGCGAUGUUUCUGAUGUCAGCAAUGGGUCGUGUUCGGGUGUUGGUUGCUGUGAGAUAAGCAUCCCUAAGAAUUCCUUCGGCUACGGAAUCAACAUUUGGGGCAAUUUCGAUCAUUCCGAUGUCGUGGAUUUCAAUCCUUGCAGCUCUGCCUUUGUCGCAGAAAUUGGCUCAUACAACUUCUCGGUUGGCGAUCUUAAGGAGCUUAAAUUUAAUAGGUCCACUCUAAUUCUCGAUUGGGCAAUAGGAAAUCAAACAUGCGAGGACGCCAAGAAGAAUAGCACGAGCUACAUGUGCAAAAAAAACACUGCUUGCACUGACGCUGAAAACGGAUCUGGGUACAAGUGCACUUGUUCAAAAGGGUACCGAGGCAAUCCUUACCUUGAGACUGGUUGUCAUGAUAUAAAUGAAUGUGCGGAACCAGAGAAUUACCCAUGUCAAGGAAAAUGCCAUAAUGUUGACGGGAGUUAUACAUGUUCAUGCCCAAAGGGUUAUCACGGUAAUGGCAUGAAGGGUAGUGGAGAUGUACAAGGGUGCACUACUAAUUCAUUAUAUUUGAUGGAGAUUUUGGUCGGUGUUACUGGAGCCAUAAUAGCGCUGCUAUUCAUUAUAGGCUUUCUAUAUUUGGGACACAAGAAAAUGAAGCUCAUUAGGCUGAAAGAACAAUACUUCAAGCAAAAUGGGGGCUUGCUUUUGCAGCAACAAUUAAAUGAACCAGACAUAAGCACAAAAGCCGCAAAAAUCUUUAGUGCUGAAGAGCUAGAGAAGGCCACCAACAAUUAUAAUGAGAGCAGAAUAGUCGGCCAAGGAGGAUAUGGUACUGUUUAUAAAGGAUUGUUGCCAAAUGAUAUGGUAGUUGCGGUUAAGAAGUCCAAGUUUGUGGACCGGAGCCAAAUUGAACAGUUCAUCAAUGAAGUCAUCGUGCUUUCUCAAAUUAAUCAUCGAAACGUGGUCAAACUUUUGGGAUGCUGUUUGGAGACAAAGGUGCCUUUAUUAGUGUACGAAUUCGUCAGCAAUGGAACCCUCUUUGAUCACAUCCACAACCCAAACAAAUCAUCAAAAUUGUCUUGGAAGACCCGAUUGAGAAUUGCAUCGGAAACUGCUGAAGUCCUCUCUUACUUGCACUCGGCAGCUUCCGUUCCCAUUAUCCAUCGAGAUGUCAAGUCGGCAAACAUCCUUUUGGAUGCUAAUUACAUUGCAAAAGUUUCUGACUUCGGAGCUUCAAGAUUAAUCCCACUUGAUCAAACGCAAUUGUUCACUAUGGUACAGGGAACAUGGGGAUACUUAGACCCUGAAUACUUGCACACAAGCCAAUUGACAGAAAAAAGUGAUGUUUACAGCUUUGGGGUCGUGCUAGUUGAGCUAUUGACAGGGAAGAAGGCACUUUCAUUUGAUCGAUCGGAAGAAGAAAGGAGCUUGGCAAUGUACUUUCUUUCAUCACUAGAAAACGACAAAUUGUUUCAGAUUGUUGAGGAAGUUAUUGCAAAUGAAGGAAUCAAUGAGCAGGUGAGGAAAGUUGCCAUUCUUGCAAAGAGAUGCUUGACAAUAAAAGGAGAGGAGAGACCAACCAUGAAGGAAGUAGCAAUUGAAUUAGAGGGACUCAGAACAAUGGCUGACCUUACUGGCGACGGUCAUACAAAUGUGAAUCAGGAAGAGAUGGUUCAUUUGCCAAGAGAGAAGACCGAUGUGUGUAUGGAUAUUAGUGGGCCCAUGAACACUGGGUACACGGAUAGCAUGGAAGACCAUGACAUGUCAAUAUUCAGUAGUGGGAGAUGAGAAUACUUAAGUUACUAAUACAUAUCUCGGUGUGUUGUGAUAGAUAUAUGUGCGUAUUUUAGCUUUAGAGGGCUUUUAUAUAUAACUCAGCAACCGGAUGUAAAAAUGGUCUCUUCCAUCUACCGUAUGUUUGUGAUGUCUUUGAGAUUAGGGAGCUAUCUUGUCUUUGAGUUCGAGGAUAUAGUUUGUCCAACUUGGUUGAAUAUUUUUCUUGGGCAAUUCCAUGGUUUUGCUUAGAACGAAAUUUUUGUGUGCCAAUUAUACGCAUGACAUGUAUUUAAUUCCACACACUGCCAACCGAAAUAAGCUUCACGUUUGGGUCUUUAA